UUUUGAUUGUGUCUGGACUGGGAUCUUGUGCAGUUGUGCUCAUUCCAACUCUAAAAAAAAUCCUGUCAUUCGAGAGAAUCGGUACCUUCAGGGUACGGUGCGCUAGCCUUGAAAUCGUGCUUUUACCGGGUUACUUUGGUCAAACAAUCCUACUUAAAUAGAUUUUCUGUCCACCAUGAGUGAGCUAGACAUGAACAGUAAACGAGACAUCUCGGAUGAAGGCCAGCCAGAAGCACAGAGUCAUGAGAAUCUUCCUUGUAAGAAGAAGCAGAAGACAAAUGGAGCUGCGAGGGUGCUUUCCCAUCCCGUUGAGAUCAAUGAUAAAUACAUGGAGAAGAGCUUCAAGGACUGUAUCAGAGCAGUCUUCAAUGAUGGAGUAGAAGCCACUCACAUAGCCACUGAGGCAGCUGUGAUCACCAACCCAUUUACCUGCUGUGUCCUGCCAAACUUUGUAAAAGAUGAAACUUUCUUAAAGGGACUGAAGAAGGAACUGCUGGAGCUUGAUUUUAACAGCAAAUCAAAUGACCUUUACAAGUUUCAACAGUCUGAUGCACUCCAGAAUUAUUCAUCGAGUUACAUUUCAGCACUAAAGAAACUGUUGUAUGAAGAUUUUCUUAGCUGGUUAAGAGAAGUUACUGGGAUUCCAUUCUUGAACAAGUUUGAUCUCACAUGCUCUAAAUACAAUUACACAGAUGUGCUUCUAUGCCAUGAUGAUGAAUUAGAAGGAAGAAGAGUCGCAUUCAUUCUUUAUCUCGUGCCCAAUUGGACUAAGAAAGAUGGUGGACUCUUGGAUCUAUUUGAUAUGGAUGAUCAUGGACAACCCAAGUCAGUAGUGAAGUCACUUGUACCAGAAUGGAACAACUUUGUUUUCUUUGAAGUGACACCUAAGUCCUUUCAUCAGGUUUCUGAGAUCCUGAAUCCAGACAAGUGUCGUCUCUCGGUGAGUGGAUGGUUCCAUGGUCCUACAGUGCCAAGACCAGCCCCGUACUUGGAACCAAGAUGUAGUCUUACUCCACAUGUCGAUACACAGGAGUCUUUAUUCUAUGAUUGGAUCAAUGAGAGUUACAUGGAUCUAGGGAACCAGAGUGAGGUCCAAGAUACAUUCUGCGAUGAAUCUGAAAUACAGCUAUCAAGGUUCUUUGAGAAAGAGAAGUAUGAAGCAGUUCUUAACCAUCUACAGAGCCCUGACAUCAGGUGGGAAAGGAGAGGCCCGGCUAAUAAGAGGCAUUACAAAUCAGCUGAUCUCUCGUCCCUACCACCGGUCAUCCACGAAUGCCUAAGUGUGAUGCAGAGCGAACAGAUGUUCCUCCUCCUAUCUAACUUCACCGCCCUCCGACUCCACAGCCAAGCACCCUGCAGCGAUGACGAGGAGGACGACGAUGAGGACGAGAAGGAAGACAAGAUCAAUGGUACAGGUGAAAAGCUCAACAGUAAGGAGGAUGAGAGCGGAGAGAGCGAUGAGAGCAAGCCAGUCGCAAGGACAGUCGUUCAGGAAGAUGACAGGAGAGGAGAAGAUACCAGACAAGGAGAAAAACAAUCAGAUGAGAUGAAGGAUGAAGGACAGAGUACCAGUCAGAAGGAAAAUGGCAACAUGGAAGAUGGUGUUGUAAUAAAGAUGAAACGUCAGGCAAGCAUCCCACGAUGUCGGGCAGAGGUUAGGAGGUGGUCUCAUGGCUGCUACACACUGCUGCAUGACACAGAUACGGAGGGCUCGGAGUUCGCUCUCGAUGCAUCAGUGUUCUUCAAUUCCAAAGGUGUGAGUCCCACCACUGGAGGUUUUGUUUCCUACAUUGCGAAAGGAGAGGAUGAAGAACUGCUGAGUGUACUCCCUGAGGACAAUGCCCUGUCACUAGUCUACAGAGAUAAGGAGACACUGAGGUUUGUGAAGCAUAUCAAUCAUAGCUACACAACUAGCAGAGGGAGUAAUACCAGUUCUACAAACAGCCAAAGUGCCUUUUAUGAGCUGUAUUUGGUGUACUACGAAUGAUGGCAUGUUGUAAGCACCAAUCAACGAGGACUGUUCUUUUAUGUAAGAUGGAAUUUGAUUUAAAGCAGAGGGAGUGGUGAUGAUUCUCUGAGUGGCCAGUCUACCUUUUUUCUCUUAGCUUUUAUACUCUAAUUUUAUAUGCACGAGACGCAUUCUGGGAGCAGUGAUCGGAUAAUACUCUUAUUUGUGGCAAACAUUGAUGUUCCUUUGCUGCUGAGGGAGUGAUGACGGUUCUCAGAACAGCCAAAGUGCCUUUUACAAGCUAACAUUGAUAUGUUAUCAGUGUUAUUGAUCUUAUGCCUUGUAAUUUUUGAACUCAUUUCUACCUAACCUGGGGAGUUUUUUCAUUUAACAAUUUGCUGUAAGCCAAUAAGAUGUAAGAUUUUGCAAGAACUAUGUGUGCUCAAUAUUUCAUUGAGCUACUAAAAUUUGUCUUUCUCUGAAAAUAUAUUUAGGAAGCUAUUUAUCUCAGGAGGAACAAGCAACCAAUAAUUGGUUUGGAUUACUUAUCAAUAUUCAUGAAAUGAAUAUGAUAACCUAUUUAUUUUUUAAACCUUAUUCCUAGCUUUUUUCCAUCUGAUCAUAAUUA